AGUUCUUCUCCCUGGAGUGUAGGAAAUGGUUGCUUUCCUUUCUACAAACACAUUACAGAUUUGAGGAUGGGCCGUAUGUCUCUGCAGUCCCUGUCUCAGCAGUGCUCAUUACCAUCACCUGUGUUGGUCAUGCAAGAUGUCAUUAAACUGACUUCUCACUGUGUGCUGCUUUCCCCCUUGUUCUUUGGUCUCAUCAGGGGUUAUGGAGCAGUUAAAGGACACCUAUGGAAGGGUUAAUGGUGCUAGGGGGCACACCUGCACUUGUUUGGGUUGAUGCUCCCCCACAUGGAGCUUGCCCCAUAGUCCUUGGUACCCAUAUUGCCCCACAGAUCCUGUACUGCCUCAUCAUGGUGCAGUUAGGGAUCUGUACCUUCCAGCCCUACAGUGAGAGCCAUUACCCUGUAGUCACCCUCCUGAGCCCUAUGGCCCCAUGACAGAACACCUAGCACCCCUCAGGGCUUGCAGAACACAGCCUCAGUGGAGGGCUGAGCUGGAGAAGGUGUGGGUGGAACUUGGGGAGGAAGGUGUAGAUCUCCAGCUGCGCUGUGGUGUGGUUGUACAGGAUCUGUGGGGGCAAUAGGGGUAAGGAGACUUUGGGGUUCCCAUGAUCAGUGGCAGUUUCACCAUCAGCUCUGGGAGAGGUACAUUAGCUCCUCCUUCAUGUGCCCUAUAACAGGUCCAGAGACCCCCUAUAGCAGCCAUAAUCAGCAGCAGUUCCACCACCAGCUGUAGAUGUGGGUCAGCCAUGUCUCUGCCCCAUGGUGCCCCUGUAAUCCUCUCAGUGUCCUUUAGCUGCCCCAUAACUUCUUAUGACUUCUUAUAACUCAGCAAUUCCCACGAAGUGCUUGUGAGGUGACAGCUGCCAUUAUUGGGUACACAUGCCCCAUGGCUGCCCCAGAAGUCUCCUCUAACUGCCCCUCUAGACCUUCCUCCAUAUCUGACCCUAUGGUGCCCACUCUGUGGCUUUUCUGGGGGGACCCACACCUAGGCGAGAUUGCUUUACCCCUACACAGCUGGUUAUGGGCCACAUGAGGUCAGGAUGUAGGGUUGUGGGUCAUGCAGGGUCACAGAGUUGUGGGGUUGCAUGGUCAUAUAAGUUCAUGGUGUCAUGGAGUUCUGGGUCACAUGGCCAUGGAGACAUGGGAGCAGGGCUCACAGAGUUCCUGUGUCAGAUGGGGUUGUGGGUCACAUAGUUAUAUGGGGUUAUCUUGGGUUGUAGGGUUACGCAUAAGAGGGGCCCCCACAGGGGCCCCCAUCCCCUUGCAGGAAGAAAUCAAUAAAUGUGCUCUGACACUGCCCCACAUCCCCUAUUUUCACCCCAAUCCAGGCCCUAGGUCCUCCCAUGGCCCCAUGUCUCUCAAGUCCCACCAUCACCUCACAUAUUGCCUUCUCCUGUGCAGUGUUCCAGUCCCACAGGCUGUGUCCCCACAUCCCUCCCAACAUUCCCUCCUGUCCCCAGUACCUCCCCGUGUCCCUUUGCCCCACAUCUUGCCCUACACCUUCUCCUGUUCUGUGCUGCUCUCCAGCACCUCUCAAUUGUACAUGAGGGGGAGAUGGAGAUCGGGUGGGCUCCGGGGGUCCUGUAAGGACUAGGGGAGUCCUGUCAGAGACUGGGGGGGGUCUGUGAGCUACUGGGGUGUCCCAGAGGGGAUUAUGGCGGUCCUAGGGAAAAAAUAUGGGAGGGGUGUCUGUGGGUACAAUGUGCUGUUGGAGCUGUGGAGCUCUGGGUCCUUUUGGUCUGAGGGGCUGUGGGGGCUGCAGGGGAGCUACGGGGGUCCUGGGGGGGAAAUGUUCAUUUGUUAUUGUCUGGGAAGAAAGCAUCCAAAUACGUGUUGGACUGCCUAAGCUGGGGGUGAGUGAGGGUUUGAUAAAGAAAUUGCAGUGAGCAAAUUGAGGGAGGUGGUUCUCCGCCUCUGCUCCACUCUGUGAAAUUCUAUCUGUGCUCUGCUCCAAAGCCCCAGCACAGAACAGAUGCUGAGGAGACUCCCUGAGCUCACAGAAUGGAGAACCCAUGCAAAAACCAUCCUGGUCAACAUCUGCCCUUGGAGCUUCUGUGUGACCCCAUGUCCUGAGCCCUGAAGUGCUCUGUGGUGACCUGGGAGGCAGAGACAGCUUGGCUGUAGGAACUGUAAGCAGGAAGAGCUGCAAAGCCCAGCUCCUUCCUCUGCCUCUAAUCUCCUUCCCUGCUCUGUGCCGUGGCUUCUCUGUAGCGACGGGUUGUAAGAGUUAGGGUAGUAUGGUUGUGUUUGGACUUAAUGAUCUUGAAGGUCUUUUAGUCUUUUCCAACCUGAGCAAUUCUAUGAUUCUCCCAGCAGUGUUCAAGCUGCCUUGCAGCCCAGCAGAGCCAUCCCCUUCUUUCCUGGGAAGUCAGAAAGAAAGGAGCCCUUUUUGACACCACCAACCAGCUGAGGCCAUGCGCAGAACCCAGCUCUCCCCGGUGCCCCAACCAGGCUGCCGUCCCCAGGUGCAGGGCUGGAACCCGGGGAGAGCUGCCAAGGAGCUGCUUUGAGGCAGGGGAAGGGGCGCAUCUCAGAGCAAGGGACACUUGUCCCAGGGUUGGAAGUGACCCAGCCUUUGCGGUGUGAAGCACGGGCUGCUCCUGUGUGCAACCCUCACCCCUGUGUGGUGCAGAAGCAAGAAGUUACGGAGCUGCACUUGGGUGGAGACUUUUGCAAGGAGCUGUGAUGUGGCAGCGCAAUAAAAGCGGGAGGUGGUGCUGAAGCACAGCAGAUGAGCUGGGCUUCUCCACAAACCGCAGUUUCCCUCCCAGCAGCUGCGGGUGCCGAUACAGGGCCUGUCCAGCCUCUGCUGCCAGAAGGGAGGCAAAGCAGCAGGAGAGCAGGCACUGAGGGGUCAUGGCCAUGCGGUUCCCCGCUCUGCUGCCGCUGAUCCUCGCAGCCCUGCAGCCCGCGGCCGUUUCCACAGCCCCGCCGCCGCCCUGCCCGUGGGAGAUGAACAAGGUGAAGGACAUCGUGGAGGUGAACUGCACCGGGCGGGAUCUCGGCGCGGUGCCCGCCGGCCUGCCCGAGGACACGGGCAUCCUGCUGCUCAACGCCAACCGCCUGCCGUCCGUCUCCACCGCCGCCUUCCAGCCGCUGCCCGCCCUGCAGGACCUCGACCUGUCCGACAACGGCCUGCGGGCCGUGCACGCCGAGGCCCCGCUGCCCAGCCUGAAGGAGCUGCUGCUGUCCCGCAACGCGCUGGAGGCUCUGCCCGCCCUGCGAGGCCUGCCCGCGCUCAGCCGCCUGGCCCUGGCUCACAACAAGCUGCACGCUCUGGCCCCCGCGGCCUUCCGCGCCGUGCCGCAGCUGCAGGACCUGGACCUGCGGGGCAACGCGCUGCGGACGCUCCCCGAGGACGCCUUCGCGGGUCUGCGGGCGCUGAAGGACUUGGAUCUGUCGGACAACGCCUUGGAGGAGCUCCCCGCCGGGCUGCUGCGGGACCUGGAGAAGCUGGAGACGCUGUGGCUGUCGGGGAACCGGCUCCGCGCCCUGCCCUCCGGCUUCUUCCCCGAGGGGCACCUCUUCGCCUACGUCUUCCUCACCGACAACCCCUGGCACUGCGACUGCAGCCUGGUCUACCUGCGCUCGUGGAUCCUGAGCAACGAGGGCAGUGUCUACGAGCCCGAGCGCGGCCUGGGGAAGACGAAGGUGGAGCUGGCCCCGCAGAAGGUGCUGUGCCACAGCCCCAGCGAGCACCAGCACAAGCCCAUCAUCCGCUUCAAGCCCAACUGCAGCCAUGUGGCAGAUGCAGAAGAGUAUGAGUACCCUGAUGUGGAGUGGUCCACCGAAAAUCCUCUUAUGACCUCCUUGCCCUAGCACUACUCUCAUACUCACUGUGCUAGCUAGAUCUGAAAUGAUUUCUGGGCUGCUUGGCAGGGCUGGGAGUUGUCCUAAACCAGAGCUUGGGGCUGAAAUGCCAGGUUUUGGGUCAGUGUAGGAAAGCUGAACUGGCUUUGUCUGCUACAUGCUAACUGCUUCUGCUCAAAUGACACACACAGAUGCAUCACGCUUUCACUGAAUAAAUGUUCUCUUUGCCCAAA